UGGUUCUCCAUUGUCGAGACUGUCUCCGACCUCCGCCUUCUAAGUCCGUUCAGGUCUCUCCCAUCCCAUUCACUCAGUCAGUCAAUACCAUCACCCCUCUGGCUGUCACCCAUCAAAAUCAAUCUUUUUCUUCCUCUCUCCGUCUGCCUCUACCUCUCCAUUCCCCUCUCCCCCCUUCCUAAAAUCUAAACCAAUACUUGGGCCUUGAACCUGAGACAACCCCCAAGGCAGAUCUUUCCACCCACUUCACUUCGUCUCGUCUUGGCCAAGCAUUUCGACCAGAGGCCAAGCUAUUCGUACGCCAGCAGAGAAGAAAAAGGUACGUAGCGACAGGCCUUCCCCGUCAUUCAUUCACCUUUGGGUUCCUUGCGCGGUCUGUCAGGGCAGGCAGGCUCAGAGGUACCUCGUCACCAAAGCCAAGGCCUGUGUAUACUUCAGCCUCCUCCACCGCACCCACGUCCCACCCACCUCACGCACCACACCGCGGACCAUUCAUUCAACCCAUCCCACACAUUACGAUGCUCAUUUACUAACCCGCUCCUCCCGCGCGCACCCAGGGUCCUUUUCCUCUUUCUACCUCUGCCUCACUUCUACAACCAAUACCAAUCAACUAUCUAAACAACCCCCCAAACACUCUUCAUUUGUCUCUCUCGCCUGCACAACUGGGAUUCCCAAAUUCGUCACCGAGACCUUGCGAGAACGAACCGUCGCCUACGCCUGCGACACCACUAACAAGACUACCUUACCCGCGAUUCACGACAAGAUGGACCUCAAUUUCCAACUUGCCGCCCUUCAGGUUUCUGCCUGUGCUCUUUAGAGACACGCAAAGGGACAUCUUUCAACAUUGCCUCUUGUCCCACGGGAGGAAAAACAUCAUUGCACGCUUUUCAACACUCCUCAAAAAAUAACUACCAACCGACAACACGUACCGCUUCGCUCACACGACCACUUACCCUUUCCUAACCUUUCUCCGAAACCCUGAACUUUACUACCCACGAACCCCAGAAGACAUAAGUACUGCAAGGCCCGUGAACAGUCACGCGAUCAAGCUCACUCCACGAUCACUCCACCCACGACUUACACCAUUACCCCAUACCAUGGCUGGUGCCGUGGUCUCAAAACGAAGUGCGAGACAGUUCCUCGAAGACGAAGGCGGUCAUCCCGCAGAGCAUCCUACCUACCAUCCCGCGAGACGUAACUCCAAGCAAGACGAUCCCACACCUAUUGAGAUGGCCGACAAGUACCAAAUCAAGGGCCCUUCGCGGCAAGGAUCGCGCGAGUCCGUAGCUGGCUCCGACUCUACACUGGAAGGUUCUAUACAGAAGCAGAUCAUGAAAGCGAUCGAAGACGAUUCCCAAACGGUCGCCAUUGUUGGAGAGAAGAUGUUGGCCAGGCGCGAGGAUGGACUUCUCAAAGUCAACGACCAGGCGAAAUCGCCCCUGGGCCCUCCUAUGUCGCCUGGCAUUGAGCGAGUCUUGCCAAUUGAUGGACGACCCAUCAACUUUGGCGUUGUUGUGCCUGGAGUCUAUCGAAGCAGCUAUCCCAAGCCUGAAGACUUUGGCUUCAUCCGCAAUCUUGGCCUCAAAUCAAUUGUUACCCUUGUCCAAAAGGAUGAUGUUGAUGAGCCUUACACUGCUUUCAUGUCAAGCAAUGGUAUUCGUCACCACGUCUUUAACAUGAAGGGUACCAAGAAGGAGGCCAUUCCCAUUCGCACAAUGAAGUCAAUCUUGCGGCUUGUUCUGAACCGAGAGCACCACCCCCUGCUCAUUCACUGCAACCAUGGCAAGCAUCGCACUGGCUGUGUCGUUGGCGUGGUUCGCAAGGUGACUGGCUGGGAGCUCAACACCAUUGUCGAUGAGUACCGGGCAUACGCUGAGCCCAAGAUCAGAGACUGCGACGUUAAGUAUCUCACCGACUUUGAUCUCUCGGAUCUUUCCAACCUGUUCGUCCACGAAGCGAAUAUGCGGUUUCGGAUCCGGCACUUUAUGAGAGUGACCCUGUUCACUGUCUUUGUCGUCUUCGUCUGGUUUAUCUCGGGGCAUAGAAUGCAGACGACAGCUAGAUGCGUUAAAGAAGUGAAGUAAUUGACCCUGUCGCGGGUGUUACAGGCUCUGGCAUUUCUGCAUGAUGCUUGGCAUUGGGCGGAUCUUCGCCGAAGUCUGAACUUGGUGGAGCGCAACGCAGCAUGGUACCGUACUCUAGAAGAAAACUGGAGACUGUUACCCAGCAACGAUACCCUACGCAAAGACAGAAGAAGACUACAGAGCGAUAAUGAAAGAUAGGGGAGAAGGCUGUUACAGCACCGGUGAGAGGAAGAUCGACGAUAUGAGUCGAAGUACAUGAGAGGGGACAGAAGAAUAAGGACACACAAAAAGUUUGGUACAUUGGGAUUACCGCCCUCAAAGAUGCAGCAUAGCCUGCUUGGGCUGGACCGGCUUCUUCCAAUUUUUCCUUUGUAUGGAUAGACAGAAUACUGGGGACUCAUCAAGAGCUGAGAUGUCUCCUUUUGGCGUUUAACUCGAGACUUUGGAGGUCAUCGACGAUGGCAUUUCAUCAAGUACAGGCUUUUUUCUUUGCUUUUCCGUUGUAUUGUAUUACUAUCUUGUUAGGGUAGUUUGGACAGUUGACCAUUUGGGGAGGUUAUGAACUUUCUGCAAACGCAAUCGACUCAAGUCAACGUAGCUGAUUUCUACAUUGUCGAGAUUCGUCUACAUACUAUUCCAAAAUUUUGGUCUCCUUAAAGUGCCCGUUCCCCCGUCUCCACGCUUGCUAUUCUCGUGUGUAAGCAUUGACUUCCCCAAGCGCUUAUCGAGAUCAUGGCAUGUGUGUAUGUCGAUCCAUCCCCAGACAGUGCCGUUUCGCGUAACGACGUUUCGUCUCAUGACUCGACGUAUAUCAUUAUCCUAACAGACUUCCC